CAUUUACGACUUUAUUCUGUUUUUCAGAUCCAUCCAAUGAGUAUUUGUAGCCGAGACGUAGCAGAACAGAUGGUUUAUGGCUGGGUUGGUGUUAUGAAGCUAGAACCUAUCAGAAAUCAUUGUAUGAGCUUAUAUAAACAGGCUAAAGUAGCAAUAAGACGAGGCGCCACUGCUGUAGUGUUUGAUGUGAGUGAUGUCCCAGAGGCUUCAAAAAGGUUGAGAAAUUAUGCAUGGCAGCAGUUAGACAGACCUGUGAUAACUAUUCAUGGUAACGAGGCCAUACGACUAAUGACAAUCAUACAGACACAACAAAAUGCCAGGGCAAGAAUACGGUCUUUACCUUCCAAUGUCCCAGCCAAAAAUGAAAAUGAUAAAGAGUAUUUAGAUGUGGGAAUUUUUGUUGCUGUUUUCGUUGCUUUGUGCAUACUUGUUAUUGUGAUACUUAUAAAGUUUAAAUGCAGGCACAGAGAGCAGCAGCUGUCUAUGUCUGAGCUGGCAAAACAGGCAAUAGCAAAACUGGAAACCAGAAAGUACCAGUGUAAAAAAGAAAAAAGUUUGACAAGACUUACCUCCCCUACCUCAGAUGUUUAUAGUCAGACUUCCUCAAAUGGUGAUAGUUGUGCAAUAUGUUUAGAAGAAUAUAGAGAGGGACAGGUUUUGCGUGUAUUGCCAUGUUCCCAUGAGUUCCACAGUAUAUGUGUAGAUCCUUGGUUGGUUAAUCAUAGAACAUGUCCAUUUUGUAUGUACAAUAUUAUAGAACAACCUGAAUCCCACCAGUCUUCAAGUACUCAGCAAACUGAAAGUAGAAGUUCAGACCAAAGACAAUAUUAUCAACUACCUCCUCCAACAAACAAUAUUUAUCAUCAGAUUACACAUUCUCAAUACUUACAUUAUUUAAAUUAUCGUUCAGAGCUUCACAAUGCAUGUACAUCCUGCGAGGGAACAGUUGGAUCCUCUGUUUCCUCGUGCAAUUCUUACUGUCAUGAAUAUCACCAAAAUGCUCAUCGAAAUUUUUCACGAGAACCUUAUCAUCACAGUUAUCAUCAGGCAUUGCAAUCAUGUUGUGCUAAAAAUAGAACUAAAGAAGUUGGUCGUGUUUUUCCGUGGAAUUCUUCACUCGUCAACUCAGGGAUAUCAUAUUCACAUCAUGUCACUGCAUCAUCAGUUCACCAUCAUACAAAUUAUUGUGGGACACACAGACAGAUUCAUAAUUCUACUCACCAUUAUUAUCUAGGGCAAAGUACACGAUUAUUCCAAUACAAAAUGAAAAACAAUGUGGGACGAACAUGUGAUAGUGAACCAGAAUAUAAUUCUGGAAAAGACACAAGUAUCAAGGCUCAUUAUGGAAGUUGCAGUAGUGACAGUUGUUCAGACAGAAAUCCGAGCAACAGUAGUUUAGAAUGUCCAGAAUGUGUUCAGCAGUGUGAUAUUGUUGUCGAUAGCAACCAUAGUACUUAUGGUAGUAGUGGUAACCAUGACAGCAGUGAUAAUACAAGUUAUGAUUCUAAUGUGUUCUGGGGUGGGGGAGCCCCAGAUCAAAUGUGUACAGACCUCAGUUCUGAGAAAACAUCCAUUUCAGAGGCAUCAUGUCUGGACAACGUGCGCAGGUAUUCAGAUUUUAAUAAUUUUGGAGAAAUUGGCAGCUGUAAAAACUGUGAUAUUAAAAAUAGUGUUUCAACUUUAAACCUCAGUGAACUCAGUGGUUGUGACACAGCUGAUAGUUUAGAUUCAAUGUCCGGUAAAUUGGAUAGUUGUCCAUCUGUAGAUCAGUUAUUAAAUUUGAGUGAGAUUUCUGGUCUCACCGAGGAUAGUGAGACAUCGUCUAGUCAUAAAACUUGUUGUUCUUGUAAACUUGAAAAUUCUGAAACUGAAUUGUGUAAUGAUAUUCCUAUGGAAAGUAAUACACUACCUAGGAAGGAUAAAUGUAGAAUGGUUCACCAUGUUCAAAACACUUUAAAUACCUUUCCCAAAGAUAGACGAAAGAGUCUGACAAAUUGUGUUGAUUGUAGAAGUCGGUUGUUCAUUAAUCGCCAAAAGACUGGCCCAAACAUGUCCAGACUUGGGUUGAAUACGAAUAAGUGUAGAAAUCUAUCCCACUCUUCAGCAUGCAAUAAUGGGUUGACAAAUCAGGAAAUGGAAACACAACGAUUACAUUGUAAUCUUCCACACUCUUCAGCAUGCAAUAAUAGAUUGACAAAUCAGGACAUGGAAACACAACAAUUACAUUGUAAUACUCAGGGAGAAUUGUAUCCCAGCAAUAACACACUCAACAUUGCUGCAAGUACAUUGACCAAAGAAAAAUCAGCUUUUGGAAAUUCUAAUGGGGACUUACUUCACAAUUUUCGUUUGAGUAGGUCAUGUGAUAUUUUACCGAUAAUCAGGAUUAAUGCAGAUCGUCAUUGUGACAGAGUUAUUUAUAGACAACCAAAGCCUCUAACCAAAGACUCUAUAGUCACAGCUACCUCUCAAGGUUCAUCCGUUACUGUACUCAUGAAAGACAAGACAAAACAUGCCAGUGGAAAUGCUGUAUGAAGACAUUGUUAUACAGAAGUGGUGUACCAGAGUCUUUCACUACCAUGACUACAGUUCAUUGUUGUCAUAGUUAUAAUAGUCAUGUUUUUCUGUUAUUUUUUUUAAGAUCAGUUUUUAGUUGUAUAAAAUCAUUUUUAAAAUUUUGAUAAUAUUGUUUUUUGAUCUAUGACAAUGUUUUUAAAAAUUACUCAAAAAUAUUCAGUGAAAAGUAACACAGAAACUGGAAUAAAUGUCCAUUCCUAAUCUCAUGUUUCUUGUGAGUAGGUCAAAAGAAUU